AUGAAGUCGUUUGUCUUCUUGCUUCUGGUGUUUAGCCACGUGACUGCUAAUGGUGUUAUUGCCAACAAAGAGGAGUAUCUGAAGGAGUUGAAUGAAGAACGGAGAAUCUAUGCAAAGAAAGCUCGUAUCCCAAAUAUGUAUAAAUUGUUCUGGGACGAUUAUCUCGAGGAAACCGUGAGAACGAACUCUCAUAAUUGCGACGGUAAAACCUGUCGAAUUGUCUUUAGAACUCCCGAUACAGAAGCCAAUAGACAUGCUCAAAAAAUGGUGAAAUAUCGAUUUGGAUAUGACAAACGAGCAAAACUAAUUGAAGACUAUAAAGGCACUUUUAUGAACGGAAACGAGGAUUUCACUCCGGGUCAGAAGAAAAUUGGAUGUUCAGGUGAUGGCGAGUCAUGGAAUGUUCCGAGAGGAGAGCCAGGAUCUGUUUGUGGUCAAGGAUUCGAAAACGAUGAUGGGCUGUGUGCUCCGGUUCAGAAAGCUCAAUCAUCAGCUCGUGGUGGAGCUGGAUCUGUAUCGAGCGAGAAUUCACUCAAAUUACUGAUGGAGCUUCUUAUGCUAAAGUUGGAACUGUGA